AAAAAAAGAAUAGAAAUGGCGUGAGUCAUUUGACAGAUAGUUGGGGGACUAUACAUAUUACACGAGUGUGUUCACAUUGUUGUUUGUUUUUUUUAUUUUAUUUUUAAUUAAAUUUACAAAGUCACGAAAAUGUCAAAUCGUGAUCCUGACAAUUUAAUGGUUACAAAUGACGAUAAUUUUGAUUUUUUAUUUAAAAUUGUUUUAAUUGGCGAUUGUGGUACGGGAAAAACUUGUGUCGUACAAAGAUUUCGAUCUGGGAAUUUUAUUGAAAAACACGGUAGCACAAUAGGAGUUGAUUUUUCAAUUAAAACCGUUAUAAUCGACGGUAAAAAAGUUAAGUUACAAAUUUGGGACACUGCGGGACAAGAAAGAUUUCGAACAAUUACUCAAAGUUAUUAUAGAUCUGCUAAUGGGGUUAUCGUAGUAUAUGAUAUUACAAAACGUUCUAGUUUUUUAAGUCUUCAACGAUGGAUAGAAGAAGUUCGUAAAUACUCUUCGUCUCAUGUUUUAUUAAUUUUAGUUGGUAACAAAACCGAUUUGGAAGAAUCAAGAGAAGUGCAAAAAUCAGAAGCGGAAGCAGUUUGCGAAUAUCUUCCUGAGGUUUUAAAUGUUCUUGAAACUUCAGCGAAAGAUAAUACGAACAUUGAUUCAAUAUUUUACUGCCUGGCAUCUGAAUUAAAGAGACGUUAUGAGAAUCGUCAGAUUACACAAACCGAAAACGACGUCAUUAAACUUGGAAGUGGCCGUGAACUUUCAACAUGUUCGAGUUGUUCGCAUAAAAUACUUUAAUUUACUUUUUGCCAAAAAAAAAGAAAACAAAUAACUUAACAAAAGCACGAAAAUUUUUUUGAAACUAAAUCGAUUUUUUAACGAAAGUAAAUUUUUUAAAUUAAUUAUUUUUUAAAUAUAAAAGUACCUGAAUUUCAAGAAAUGAAAUUUCAAGCAACAAUUCUACUAACAUAUAUAUUAUAAGGAAUUAUUUAUUAUUAUUCUUUUUUUGCAAGAAAGUCUGAAAAUCUUAAUUUUAUUUUUUUAUUUAUUUAACGCAACAACUAACUUUUAUUUU